UUUUUUUUUUCAUUUAUAAUUAAGAAAAAUUACAUUUUAAAAUGUCAAAGUUUGGAACAGAUGACAAUCCUAUAGACACUUCAUACUAUGAAUUACUCAACAUUCCUGUUAAUGCCGAGCCUAUUCAAAUCAAAAAGGCUUAUAGAAAGUUAGCUAUGGUUUACCAUCCAGAUAAGAAUAAAGAGCCCGGUGCUGAGGAAAAGUUUAAAGAAAUAUCUGAAGCAUAUCAAGUCUUAUCUGAUCCUCAAUUACGUGCGGCUUAUAACAAAUAUGGUAAAGACAAAGAACUCGCUCCUGAGGGUGGUUUUGCUGAUCCUCGUGAAUAUUUCCAACAAAUGUUUGGUGGUGAUGCUUUUAGAAGUAUUAUUGGUGAUUUAGCAGUAGGUGAAAUGUUUAGUGAGGCACAGCAAGAAGAGUUGGAAAAGGACGGGUCUGAAAGUAAUAACGAUGAUACGGACAAAAAACAAAUGAACAAAGAACAAAUGGAGAAAAUGCAAAAGCAACAACAAGAACGAGUAGAUAAAUUGGCAGAUAAUUUAAAAUUAAAGCUCGCUAUGUUUACUGAUAGUGAAGGUGAUCAACAUGCUAUUAAUACCUUCCAAGAAUAUAUCAAACAAGAAGCUGAGAAAUUAAAGAAUGAAAGUUAUGGUAUCGAAUUGCUUCAUUCAAUUGGUGGUGUGUAUUCACUUAAAGCAAAGCAUUAUUUGGGUAUUAAAGGAGGUGGUAUGCCAAGUAUCUUUGUUGGAUUUAAGCAAAAGAAACAUAUUGUGAAGGAACUUUGGAAUACAGUUAAGGUUGCAAUGGAUGUACAACAAGCAGCUGAAAUGAUUUCAAAAGCAGAGGAGAAGGGUAUGGCAGAUUCUGAUAAAAUGAAAUUAGAAGAAGAAGUGACUACGAAGACUUAUAAAGCUUUAUGGCAAACAUCGAAAUUUGAAGUUGAAGCUACAUUACGUCAAGUAUGUGAUAAAGUACUUCAAGAUAAGGAGGUGGACAGUAAAACUCGAACAAAGAGAGCGAUAGCAUUAAAAUGGGUUGGCUAUAUUUAUAAGCACACAGAAUUAGAAAAAUCAACUUUGCAAUUACAAGUUAAAUCAUAAAAAAAAAUAUUUACUACGAAAAGAUACAUUAAUACAUAUAUUUACUGUGUAUAAUAAUACUAUUACUACUAUUACUAUUAC